AUGAAGACAUUAUUUGUGUUAAGCAUAACAUUAUCUUGUGCGUUUGCCAAGUCGCUUCCUCAUCCAUUCCUGAACUACCAUGAGGAGGUGGGGAUCCCUUUUGCGAAUCGCUUGAAGCAGAUCGAACUCGCGAGUGACUUCGAUGGAUCGAGGAUAGUCGGUGGCGAGUUUGCGCCUUUAGGCGCUUAUCCCCACAUGGCCGGUCUGGUUAUACCAAUGCCGACAGGACACACGUCAGCCUGCGGAGGAUCCCUCAUCAGUAACACUCGAGCCUUAACCGCAGCGCACUGUUGGAUUCGCGCGACCCGUAUGACCGUAGUCCUUGGCUCCACGACCCUGUUCUAUGGUGGAGUGCGCGUCGACACCAGCACCGUUAUAUUGCACGGAGGAUGGGACAUGACCAAGGGUUUAGAAAACGACAUCGCUGUUAUAGUGAUGCCAUGGGUUGGAUUUAAUAGUUUCAUCCAACCGAUAAACUUGUACACAGCAACCAAUGACCUCACAGGUUCUUGGGUUACAGCCGCAGGCUAUGGAAGGACAGGUGACUCUGCUGUCUUACAACCAGACCAAUCAUUGAAACACUUCACCACUCAAGUAAUAUCGAACGACGAGUGCAGAGCGAGAUUAGGGACGAUGGUGGUUCAUUCGAACAUUUGUAUAAGAAGCGGUUCUAACAACGACAAUGUUUGUAACAGUGAUUCCGGAGGACCACUGACAAUUGGCGUAGGCAGAAAUGCAUUUUUGAUUGGUGUGCUAUCUUUUGGAAGUGGUCGAUGUGAGAGAGGAGAUCCAGCUGCCUUUGCCAGAGUAUCUUACUACGCUCCUUGGAUUCGCGCUCAUAUGUAG